CAUCGGGUUUAGGUGAUUUUUGCAUUACUCUGUAUGUACUGACUUGAAAAACACGACUUUUAACAAAGCAAGCAUCAGGCAGCCAGGCCUUCGCAUCUGCGUGUCUGCACGCUCAUAAAACCGCAGCGCAGGUACCCAUUGGCUGAGUGAGCCAUUUCGUGCCACGCAAAGUGCCUCUGACGGCGGUGAAAAAUUCUCUUUUUUUUCUUUCACGGAAGCAACUUCACUGGCGACCUUUGGAAUACAGAAUAUAAAUCAAUACGGCAGCCUCCCCGUGGAACUCUGCGCUGGUUGCACUUGACACUGGGCGGCCACGGUUUUAAGACGGUGAAAAGCAAGCGGCGAGCGAUGGUUCCCGAGUUCUUCCUUCUUGCCGCGGAGAAUUUCGAAGGCACAUUCCGUCGAAUGACACCAACUUGCUCCGUGCCCGCAUGAGAGCCGCCGUGUCGGCGCAGAAUUGAAAAUGUCUGACGUUGGAGAGUCAUCCGAGGGGGCACGAUCAUCCUUCGAAAAUGCCUCUAUGUUCGACGUCAUAUCGGAGCACAUGGCGCUGUCGCUGCCCGAGCUGGAGCUGCAACUGCUCCAGGCCGGCACCUUCCCGGACGUGCACUACGACUACGGUGUCGUCCCCUGCCCGUACGCGCACGACUCGCUCGCCACCGGCGAGCAGCGUUCGCCGGGCAGCCCGCGCAGCGUCUACCACCGGACCCACAGCGCCCGGUGGCCAGCGGAGACGCCCGGCAGGAUCGGGGGCCCCAGCAGCAGCUGCAGCAGCAGCAGCGGCGGCAGCGUCGCGGCCAGCGGGGGAGGCAGCAGCACCAGCGGGAGCCCGCAGCCGCACCUCACCGAGAUGGAGGUCGCUUCGUCGAGCAGGCAGCAAAGCGCAGGUCGAACGCUCAAGGACGCCCAGGACCUGUGCCUGGUGUGUGGGGACCGGGCCUCGGGCUAUCACUACAAUGCCCUCACCUGCGAAGGCUGCAAAGGCUUCUUCCGUAGGAGCAUCACCAAGAAGGCGAGCUACGUGUGCAAGAACGGCGGGGCGUGCGAGAUGGACAUGUACAUGCGACGCAAGUGCCAGCAGUGCCGGCUCAGGAAGUGCCGGGAAGUCGGCAUGCUGGCAGAGUGUCUUCUUACGGACAUCCAGUGCCAAUCCAAGCGGAUGCGCAAGCAUCCCAAGCGAGCGAUGGCGAGGACAGGCCUCUCGGACGAUGUCUCGGCCACCGAUGGACCCCACAAUCUCGCGCCAGGUACUUCGGUCUGCAGGCAACCGACGGCGGAUCAGGAUGAGUGGGCGCUGACAGGCGAGCAGCAGAGACUCAUUGACGUGAUCGUGGGGGAACACCGCAAGUACAGAAUCCCGCACGACACCUUGCAGAAGUUCGUCCAGUUUCAAGAAUACUGGGAAGGAGGCGAUAAGGAGAAGCUGUGGGAAAUCGCCACCAUCCAAGUCCAGGUGCUGGUCGAGUUCACCAAAAACCUCCCAGGCUUCCAGACCCUGGAUCACGAGGACCAGAUCGCGCUGCUCAAGGGAUCGGCCAUCGAGGCAAUGAUCCUGCGCUCAGCCCAGGUUUACAACAGUCGGGCGACGGAUCCGCACGCCAUGCUCAUCAACGAGAAGAAGAUGCGCACACUGAAUAUUGCGGAAGAGUUCAUCGAGCCCAUGUUCAUCUUCUACCGCAGCAUGGGAGAUCUCAACGCGACGGAGACAGAGUACGCUUUGUUAACGGCGACCGCCAUUCUUUCAGCAGAUCGACCGUACGUGCGCGGCCACCACCUCGUCGAGUCACUGCAGGAGCCUCUGCUGGACAUCCUCUACAAGCUGUCCAAGCAGCAACACCGGCAGGACCCCCAGCACUUUGCCCGCCUCGUGGGCAAGCUCACCGAGCUGCGGACGCUCAACCACAAUCACUCGGAGGUGCUCAUGUCCUGGCGCCUGCAGGACCAGAAGCUGACUCCGCUGCUCUGCGAGAUCUGGGACAUCCAGUGACGCCAGCUGCUCAGGAUCCACUCAGUCGCUCGUUUGUAUCCCCCUCAUCUUCUUCAUCCGCCGAGUGUUUUUUUUUUCCCCUCUCCAGAAUUUCGUCUUCCGCAUUUGGCUUACAUGUAUAUUUAAUACGUUUUGUAUUGAAGUGUGACGAUGUGGGGUCGUCACGUGUGCACGGUGCGGCGUGAAUGUACGACUGCGAUUUUGGUGACACGCGCUAGACAGUGGACGCCAUGGUCGCUCUGCGUUAUUGAAGGCGCUCACGUUAUUUGAUACAAUGCUACUCUUAUAUGGUCACGGCAGCAAUAAUUCUUCAGACAUGCCGUUGAAUUAUUUACGACUCGGAAAUUAACUAUCCAAACAGAAUUUUAUUUUUACAAAGUUUGUUGUGGGUUAAAAAAAACAUUUUUCUUCCCCAUUACCUCGCAAAAUAUUUCAAAUCCCUUUCGAUUCAUUGAGGCAGAAUAUUGUACACAUUUUGUGAAAUAUAUUUGAUCGGUUCAGGCUGUAAUUGAACCAAUAGCUGGAUCGGGAGAAUCUCCAAGGGUCCCAUUGUCUUCCGUGUGUGGCAGCGCACACCGCACACUCAAUUAUUCUUCAUUUGCCCUGCUGUGGUCAAACUGUCACCUCACAGUGCCCCCCCCCCCCCCCCCUGCUGAAUUGUUUUGCUUACACACAGGAAAAAGAGCAAUAAAAUAGCGGUAUGUGGGACUGUCUUCUUUAAGUGUGAUGCAAUUUUUACCAAUUAUAUCUCACCCAUCCGAAUUGUACAGAAUACUGUAACAUGAAUUGGAUUUAUAUGCUUUAGGGCCUAAAUACGACGUCAUUCUCAAAGCACUAUAAGGAAAUAAUUGGCAUGUGUAUUUUUUGAUGGAAAGAUACAGUCGCAGUCAAGGGCAGAGGGCGGGGGGAUGGAAAUGAAGGUUUUGAGUCUGGACUUGAACAGGGCCAGGGAGUUCACAGCAGAGAUGUCGGGAGACAAACAUUUCCACACCAUGCGGGCAGCAAAAGAUAAUUAGCAACUGCCCACUGAUUGAAGGUUGAUAACCUCACGAAGAUGCCAGCCACACGACCCUCACCGUCGUUAUGGAGUUGGCCCAACAUUGUAGAUGCAUGAUUCUUCUGGAAAAAUAAAUAAAAGUAUCGCGGUUCAGUGAGGCUUUGCCGAGUAAACAACAUUAUUGCCCAUCAAUGCCCUAACAUUUGUUACUGCCGUGACCUACCAACCACAAACCGUUAUCAACCGUACGCAACUUUCACAGUGCGUCGAGCCUGGCACAGAUCCGGUGGGUUUCACAUCCACAUUCAAGCAAAUGGCAGUUGCUGCUGAUGUUUUUGUUCCUAUUUUAUAGCAUAUCGUUUAUAGAUGUAACAAAAAGUGGCGUUGAUAAUGUUACAAGUCAAAUGUAGGUGUUAUUUUGUUGUCAUAAUUAAAAUGGUACCUUAUGCUACCCUUGUUCGAUUGUAUAGCUUUCCAAUGUAGUUAAGGUUGCAUACACAUAUCUGGUGAACCAGUAAAAAUAUUAAUAUUAAAACAUUGCAUAUUUUGGCUUAUCCAUGUUUAUCUACUUUUUAAACUACUUAAACACCUACAUGAUUUUUAUUGGUGUGUUGUAAAUAUCAAAUACCUGAUUUCUAUCGUAAAAAAAUGGCCAAAACUGAUCGUUUUUGGAGAUAUGCCCCAUUGUUGCUGAAAGAGACAUUACAUUAGCACGUUUGGCAAUGUGUCUUGAUGAUCAUCUGUUAAGGUGACAAUCUGGUUCAAUCUGUAUAGCUAAGUCACGUCAGUAGGUAGGUUAAAAGAGAUGAGGGUGCGGCUCUGCCAUGACUAUACUCGCUGAUGCGGUUGCCGGGCAGGACUGCCUCCACACGAGGGAGCGCGAGAGAGUCCCUCUAGAGCAGCGAGAGAGUCCCUCUAGAGCAGCGAGAGAGUCCCUCUAGAGCAGCGAGAGAGUCCCUCUAGA